AUGCAUUCGCCGGCCAGCGAGCACCACUCCAAGUUUGAGGUCGGCUCAGCUAUGCUGUGCAGCGACAGCACAUCAUCCAACAGCAACACAUUGACGUCAAACCUGCCUUCGAUUACGGUGCGCCCGUCAAGGCUCAAUAUCGAGGCAAUUGACCUGGAUUCUGACACCAGCAGUAUUGAGCUGACGCCAGUGUUUAGCGAGAACCCACCCAAGUUCCGCACUCACCAUGGCUUGACGCCGUAUACAAAGCCACUGCCGGUUCCGAAGCGCAGGGUAUCGAGGGUUGCUGGUGGGGCGCGUAAACCAGCACCCAGAUUUGAGAUUGGGUCGGCGAAACUAACAUACGGUAAUGCUCCAAUGCCGCCAAUUACCUGGCAGCAGCAGACGAAAGAGCCGGCGCAGCAGAAGCAGCAAGUAUCGCUAGGGAUCCCAAACACAAAUAGUGCGCAUUCACGCGCCACAUCGUGGUAUGCAAAUGUCAGCGCUGUUAGGCCGACACUGCGCAAGUGGUCGGUAGGCGACGCAUUGCAAAGGCCGUCGAUGGAGCAGCUGUCGGGGCCGUACCAGAUGGUCGAUCACCCUGUGCCCGGGGAGGAGGAUGGGCCGCAGCGUGACCCGCAGUUCCGUGCCGCAUACACACUAGGCCGGUACCACAACAGAAUGGAGCGCAGCAACACCGACUGCUGA